UGGGAUAUGUGACCGUAGUCCAAGAGAGGGGGAAGGUGCUAGAAAGGCUUUAGUGGCCCCAGAAUCACAAAAGACAGGACAUUCAAAAGAGAAAAAUACAUUUUUUUGUGGUUUACAUAUUCUGUAAAUGUAAUUUGAUUUGUAACUAAAUCACAACAAAUAUUUGGGUUGAAGUUUAAUAGUUUUGUAGAAAGUCCAGAGGAAGAUCAGUGUGUCUAUUCCAUGAUUUGGGUAUCUCAUAGAUAGUCGCUCUCGACUUCUUUUGUGUAAAAGUAGAUGUAGUUUGGGAGCUUUUUGUCUAAGUACUUUUUUUAGAUGUGGACUGGUUAUUCUGACGUGCACUAAGUUUAGAGUGUUUGUGUGCUCACGAUUGUGUCAGAUACGGUGAUGCAUGUGCGGGAGGGUGCUCCUUCUAUCUGGGAGGAGUCAUGCGGUCAAAGAGAGCAGGAGUCACACUCAGUGACACUUUGUUAAGCUUCACCUGAGGGCAGAGUAGAGUCAGCAUGGAGCUGACGGCAACAAACCACUCCAUUCCUCUGAGUGAUGGAAACCGCAUGCCUCUGAUAGGACUGGGAACCUAUGGGGAUCCCACCAAGACCCCUAAAGGAACCACAAUUGAAGCCGUCAAGCUGGCCAUUGAUUUGGGAUACAGGCACUUUGAUGGGGCUUUGGUGUACUUCAAUGAACACGAGGUGGGACAGGCCAUCAGGGAGAAAAUAGCAGACGGGACGGUGAAGCGGGAGGACGUCUUCUACUGCGGAAAGUUGUGGAACACGUUCCAUCCCCCUGAGCUGGUGCGUCCUGCUCUGGAGAAAACUCUCAAGACUUUACAGCUGGAUUAUGUUGAUCUGUAUAUUGUGGAGCUGCCAAUUGCAUUUAAGCCAGGAGAUAGUUUCUACCCAAGAGACGAGAACGGCAAAUAUCUUUAUCAUAAGACGGAUUUAUGUGCUACUUGGGAGGCUCUGGAGGAGUGCAAAGAUGCCGGCCUGGUCAAGUCCCUGGGAGUCUCCAACUUCAACAAGCGUCAGCUGGAGUUGAUCAUCAACAAACCGGGACUCAAACACAAACCGGUGUCCAACCAGGUUGAAUGUCAUCCGUACUUCACUCAACCAAAGUUGCUUGAAUUCUGUCGGCAGAACCACAUUGUGAUUGUUGGUUACAGCCCUCUGGGCACGUCAAGAGAUGCAUCAUGGGUCAACUUAAAGUGCCCGCCUCUGUUGGAGGAUGAAGUGCUGCAAUCAAUCGCCAAAAAGUACAGUAAGACCACAGCACAGGUGUGCCUGAGGUUCAACGUGCAGAGAGGAGUGGUGGUCAUCCCAAAGAGCUUCACUCCUGCCCGCAUUAAGGAGAACUUUGAUAUAUUUGACUUCUGCCUCUCGGAUGAGGAGAUGAAGGCGAUUGAAGGGCUGAACAAGAACAUUCGAUUUGUGGAGCUUCUCAUGUGGGCUGACCAUCCAGAGUAUCCGUUUCAUGAUGAAUAUUGAUUACACUAAGCCUAAGACCAAUUAUGUCAAUUUUCUUUGGUUGGAUCAUGACAUUUUCAUUUUUUAUCUUUAAUUAGUCUUUUGACUCAAUUAAUAAACAUAUUCUGAAAUGUU